UUUAAUGGCAACACUGAACCUAUUUAUAUUUUAUGUUUAUCAAAAUGCAAAAAUAACAAAACUGUAAAGUUGGUGUUAGAAAUGGCUGCGAACACGACAACGGAAGAAAAUUUUGAACAAGCAGAUUUUGAUGAGGACGAAUUGGGUGAGGAACAAUUUGUGGCAACAAGCGCCGGUCGUAAGCGACUUUUUAGUAAAGAACUGCGCUGCAUGAUGUAUGGGUUUGGAGAUGAUAAAAACCCAUACACUGAAAGCGUAGAUUUAUUGGAAGAUUUGGUAAUAGAAUUUAUAACUGAAACAACGCAUCGUGCAAUGGAAAUCGGACGCACUGGAAGAGUACAGGUAGAGGACAUAAUAUUUUUAGUUCGUAAAGAUUCGCGUAAAUAUGCUCGUGUCAAGGAUCUUUUAACAAUGAACGAAGAACUUAAGAAAGCGAGAAAAGCCUUUGAUGAAAUUAAAUAUGUCGGCGCUGAUGCGAAGUUAAAAUAAUGAAUAUAUGAGAUAAAUAAUAA